AUGCCCAAGAACAAGGGAAAGGGCGGUAAGAACCGUCGUCGUGGAAAGAACGAGAACGACAACGAGAAGCGUGAGCUCGUGUUCAAGGAGGAGGGCCAGGAGUACGCGCAGGUCGUGAAGAUGCUCGGCAACGGCCGUCUGGAGGCUCUCUGCUUCGACGGCGAGAAGCGUCUCGCUCACAUCCGCGGCAAGCUCCGCAAGAAGGUCUGGAUCAACCAGGGCGACAUCAUCCUUCUCUCGCUGCGUGACUACCAGGACGAAAAGGGCGACGUCAUCAUGAAGUACACCGCCGACGAGGCCAGAAGUCUCAAGGCCUACGGUGAGCUGCCCGAGCACGCCAAGAUCAACGAGACCGACACCUACGGUCACGAGGGCUUCGAGGACAACGUCGAGUUCGACGAAGACCGCGAGUCCGAAGACGAGAAGGAGAUCGAUGUCGACGACCUCUAGUCUGCCUCUCUUUGGCGAGAUCUCGUACCCCUGCCUGGAGCGCCCUGGGUUUCGGUUUCGGUCGCUUGCCCUUUUUUCUCUCCACUCGUUCCAAAGCUUCUUGUUUUGUUCCUUCCUCAUAGGGGGGCAUGGUGGACCUCAUCGAACCUCUAUCCUUCCACAAAAGCUAUCACUUGCUAGGGAUAGGAGAGUUUCGACGACUGGUUCUUGG